AUCCCUAAACAGAUUGCUUUUCAACAAAUAUUAAGAUUGAUCGUUGCAUUUAUUAUUUAUUUUUUUACAUGGAACAAAAUUAGGCGGUCCGGGUAUGAAACCAUUUAAUCUCACUUCCUGUUUUCACUCCAUGUGUUGUAAUGUCAGUUCAGACUGAAAUGUGGCUUUUAAAUUCUCAUUUUUUUUUCUAAGCCUAAAUCCAAAGUGCAGGUUGCACCGAGAAGUUUACCGUCAAGUUCUGAACACUCCUCCCUGAGAAGAGCGGAUACGUGAUUAUGCGCAACUAAAGGAUGUGGUCUGCAGUGAGAUGAGGAAGAAAGUGAGGAGGAAGGAGUACACCGAGCUUUUAAACCAGCUCGACGCAAACUGCUCGGUGUCAGUCGCAACAGACGAGACCUCUAUAACUGGAUUAAUACUUUUUUUUUUUUUUUUUUUGAACACGGGGCCGUUAAUUUCUGCGAAGAUGCGUUGAGAGGCGGAAGAAGAUGGAAGUGGAGGACUUUGGUGAAAUGAGGACUUCCUGGUCUCCAUCAGGAGAGACGCACACUGUCCUCUGUGACCAUGCUGGGAAGAAGCGAAAACAAGACCCGAUCGCUGAACCUGCCACCAGAAUCAUGGAGGAUGAUGAGGACGAGGAGGAAGAAGAGGAGGGGGAAAUGAUGUCCGAUAAUCACAAGUAUUCAGAGGAGCCCAGUAACAAAAGGGUCAAACCUGUGGCGAAGUCCAACAGCCUGACGGGUGUCAUAACGCCGGUGAAGACCCCUGCUCUGAAACGCAUAGGGCAGUCUAUCUCGCGGUCCAUCAGCUUUCGCACGGACGCCCGACCUUUGCCCCCGGCCCCCCUGCGUAGUCGCACCAAGGCCUCGUCGUUUCCGCGCAGGCGCAACAGCCAGUGUUGGAGCGACACCGUGGAGAGCCACGACCUGACUGCCAAGGAAAUCAAACGCCAAGAGGUGAUCUAUGAGCUGACUCAGGGAGAGAAACAACUUAUAGAAGACCUCAGUUUGGUCAAGAAGGUGUACUACGAGCCCAUGUUGAAGUUGGACAUAAUGACAGAAAGCGAGCUUGGACAAAUCUUUGGGACUUUAGAUUCCCUCAUUCCGCUGCAUGAAGAUCUCCUGGCUCGUCUGGAGCGGCUGAGGGGCUCAGAGAAGACGGUGGGAGAAGUGGGGCCGACUCUGCUGAACUGGUUCCCCUGCCUGGAGGCCUAUGUGACGUACUGCUGCAACCAGGUGGGCGCCAAAGCUUUGCUGGACCACAAGAAGCAGCAGAAAAGAGUCGAGCACUUCCUGCGUCUGUGUCAGGAGUCGUCGUUUAGCAGGAAAUUGGACUUGUGGAACUUUCUGGACCUACCUCGGAGCCGACUGGUUAAAUACCCGCUGUUAUUAAAAGAGAUACAGAAGUGCACGCCUCCGGACCACCCAGACGAGGACACAUUGCCUGAUGCUCUGGAGCUGAUCCAGAGCAUCGUGGCCGAGGUAAACAAGAAGACGGGGGAAGCAGAGUGCCAGUUCUACAGGCGGGGACUGAUCUACCUCGAAGAGAGCCAGAGAAUAACCGAGAUCCACCAGUCCCGCUUCCUCUACUGCCACGGAGAGCUCAAGACCAACAAGGGGCAGAAGCUGCACGUCUUCCUGUUCGAGCUGGCGUUGGUGCUGACCAGACCGGUGGAGGACAGAGACGGCGGACAGAUGUUUAACGUGUACCGGCAGCCUCUGCCCAACACCUUGAUCAAUUUAGAGGAGAUCCCAGACAGCGAGGCCGGAGGCGGAGGAACCUUCAGAGGAGCGUUCACCGGAGGAAAUGAUAAAGUGAAGAACUGCUUCCGCGUGAGCAGCAGGGGGCGCAGCAAAGUCAACCCUUACUGCUUGCAGGCCAACGACUCCUUCAGCAAGCAGCAGUGGAUCACCUGCCUGCGCCAGGCCAUCGUCCAGUCGCGCGACCGGAGCGCUCACACCAGCCAGUCGCCCCUCUCCCUCCACCCCGAUCCCGCCUUGUGUCACAUAGCCGACCUGAGCCUCAGCUCUGACACGGACAUGGCAGACCACACCAGUCGCUGACUGGGGGGGGGGGGACCGAUCGCGAGGUCAAGAGGAUGGGUCUCUGGAGAGGGAGACAAAGCAAAUGGACCUUAUUUUUUUUUUUUUCAUGAACAGUUCUAGUCAAAGACUUCCAGAGAGUUGCAAAAAAAAAAGAAAAAAAAAAUUGUGUUUUUGUUUAUUGUUUGGAUUAGUGUUCUGACUGCGAACAGUGUUACUGUUGCUGAAUGUGAAUGUAAAAUGGCA